AUGUGGACAAACUAUGACUACCAGCAAUUUGCUGAUGGCACUCCGGUUAAGGGGAAACACAAUUUGCAGUCUUACCACAGCGCUCACGUCCUUUUAAAAAAAGGCAAAGUAGAACAGGUGCAUCGGUCGACAAAGGCAUUUUUCAGGCCUCCCAAUGGCCAUCCCCGAGCAGAAAAUGUAAAAAACUUUGAAAAUCAGGAUAUAGAAGUAUCAACCACUGGCUACAGCAAACUGAGAUUGAAGUCUUGUUCUGAUCCGCACCAUCCGCGUUCGAAACGUUCUGUCACUGAAAAAGAGCAUCUGGAUAUUUUAAAGACUCUUACCAGAGAUAGCAUCUUGUUUACCGAUAACGAAAAAAUAAACUGGUCGGAUGUGGAAAAAGAUAACAUGAAAACAAGACCUCUAGAUGAACUCCUACGUUGCCUUGUCGGGAAAUCCGUUCAGGAACGGGAAAUUGCUUACUGUUCAACCGAGUUACAUCACUUAAUUCGCAAGGAUAAAAGGGUAAUAAAAGCGAUCAAGCAACUCUUUGAAAACCGAAAUCACCAAAACAUAACGUCUUGGGGCGUCUUUUCAUCUGUUCUUGCUGCACAUGGGAAAUACGAAGCUCAGAACGCUCUAGCCGAUGCGGUCAUGAGGUCCACGCCAAGGCCUCUUACCUUGGAAGAAUUUGAAUUGUUGCUGGUUGCAAUCCAUUACUUACCAACUGGACCACUCCAUUCUAAUCUCUUCGAUGCUCUUUUGAAGCUGGCAUUUGACAACACAAAGGAGGACAGCAUUACAGCCACAGCAAUGCUGGUUUUAGCUGGCCUUACAGAAAGAGCGACAAAGGCAGGAUAUAAUGAGACUUUGAGUGAAACCGUUGUAGAGAUUAUAGUCAACAGGUAUAAAAACAAGUCAAAUAUUUACGAUCCUGACAGUAUCGAUCAUGAAACGCAAUUAAGAGACCACAUCUGGGCGCUUGGUAAUCUUGGCCACCAUUCUGGACUUCCAAUAAUUCUGGAGCACAUUGACCAUGACGAUUCCAGCAUCCGAUCAGCGGUUAUUUCAGCAAUGCGCAAAAUGCCCCAAGAGUACACAUAUCAUCAUCUGAUAAAAGCCUUGCACCAGGACGAACAAAGUGAUGUCAAGACGGCAGUUGUCCACGUGUUCAUAGAGCGUCACCAAAAUUUAAGUGAUUUAGUAGUUGUGGGCUUAGAGCAUGCUAUGCGGCACGCUAACAAAGGCGAGGCAUUGGAUUCAGCAAUACGUGUGUUCCUUGAAAACCACGGUAAUCAUAGCAAAGCAAAGUACUUAAGUAAAAGACGUAACUUAAUAAAUCGCCGCAAGCGAGCAUUGAUACCAGCACUCCGACCUCGAGAGUUCAACCUAGGCCGUUCAGAAGACUGGGGUAUGAAAGUAGGAGGUAAAUGGUUGGGAGCUGAAACUAAUGUUGACUUUGCUAACAAACUUAGCCUGCGAGUUGGACUUUUUGACGGAAAACUUGAAGUAAAUCUUUAUAAUUCUGCACUGUUUCAAGGUCACAUUCUCAAAUAUCCUUUUGACAUAUUCCAAGGCAAAGCCACCUUUAGGGCAGCAGCAAGUUUCAAAAACGACAUUCCUAAAGACCUCAUACAUACUGUUGUAGACGCUGGAGACGAACUUCUAAGGCAGUUCGACAGUAUUGCAAGCGUGAUCACUAAUGAUAUACAAAAGUUUAGAGAAAGACUUGGUGGAAUUGUCCCUUUGCGCUUAGAUAAGUUGAGAGAAUUUGUAAAGAGUAUUGACAAGUUUUUACAACACUUAAAACUUCCCUUGCAAGCUGUUAAAAGUACCAGAAACAUUGUAAGUUAUUCGAAAAAAGUGCACGUUCAGGUAAACAGAUGGAAGUCAAUGAUGGAAAGAACCACAACAAUAAAUAAAAUUCUGGUUAACACUACACGUUUUGGCUUUUUAUUCAAGACAGCUCUUGACAACUUGGACAGGGUUCUUGGAGCUGUCGUUGGCAUACGCAAAGACCUUCUAAACAAUUUGCCAAAAGGAUUCAGCACAAAUGAACUUCAUGCCCGCGGGAAAAAUUCAGCGAGCCAACAGAAAGAAAAGAUUAAAGAAUAUUUUCCUACGCUAGGAUCACCUGCUACGGAUGGAUUCAGCUCUCAGCUUCCAUUUAAACUAACAAAGCAAUUUUCCUUUUCACUUGAGAGUUUUCAAGUAGUUUUGAAUCGGCUACAGCAUUUUAGCAACAAUGUUCUGCACAUGUCAUAUUUGCUGGAAUCUUUUAAAGACGUAAAACUGCCUGUAUUAAAGCUGCGUUUCUUAGAAAGGCGAUCAUCAACGUUUCUAAAAGACAGAUUUAAUUUUGGACUUACCUUUGACUGGAGGCUUAGUUUAAAAUUCAAUCUCCAGUUAGAUUCUUCUGAUGUCCAGAAAUUAGUUACAAUCCUUAAGAAUGUUAGUGAUUUUUUUAGUCAGUUUUCAAAUGAUAAUUUCGAUCUCGAAACUUUCUUUCGAGACAUCUUGCCAGCUGGAAAAUAUGAUUUGAAAACACGCUAUACUGACUUGUUUAGAAAAAAACAAGCUGUUACAGUGAUAAAUUCUUUUGAUUCUGCUACCGUUUUACAAACAUUUUUAUCGGCGCUAACAACUCACCUCCACUCAUAUAUGUCGAAUGUGUCUGAUAUCAGUGACAUUAUAAACUUCUUUCAAGAACUUGGACCCGCCGUCACGCCAUUUUUUGAACGGAAUGGUCAGUCGAUUUGCGAAAUCCGUCAGGCGGCAUUAGACUUUUUUCACGAAAACUUCCAGAGGGAAGGUAUCUCGGAUCUGAAGGAUGUUCACAAGGCAGCUGAAACGGUCCUUAUGGAACUACACAAUUUUACCAUCCUUGUGGAAAAUUUGAUGGAAAAAGUCGAAAAUAAUUUUACAGGUUUUGCCAAUGGGUUACUUUCAGACUCAACAAAAGAAAUGGCUAUCAUAAAGAAUCUAGCCAAUAAUAUCUUGAACUUUACAAAUGGUUCUUCGUCUAAAGUAAGAGGGUCAUGCACCAAAGCAUCAAGAUUCUCAGCCGACGUAAUUGAUGACGUACAAAAUAGCGUCCAUCAAACACUCGAUGACCUUACGUCUUUUAUUGGACCUGGGGCGAGUAAGAUAAAGGCAGCUGGAAGAAAGGUGAGACUUACUAUAACAGAAGUGGAAAAUUGGUACAAGGAAAACCUAGCAAUUCGCGUUGGAAAGAUUUCUCGCGUUGCUCAAAUGGUAUCAGACUUCCUUUCAAUUCUAGGUACGAAAAAGAGUUUUGCUACCACCGUUCAAGAGAUAGCUUCUAUCAUCAACAAAGCGCUUAGGCAUCUUAGAAAUAUUCCACAAUUCACAUACAAAGCAAGAAAAACAGUAGACGAAGUCAUAAAUUUUGCUGAAAGAGCGCAAAGCUAUAGAGAUGAUAUUAAGAAGCUAGAUUUGCGAAGACAGUUUGGAAUUGACUUUGACCAGAGAAUAACACGUAUCUGUGAUGAGUUCCGGAAGAUCACUAGUGAAACACUGAAGAAACUCAGUCACUAUGAUGUGGUACAAGAGGUUAACUCCUUCUUAAAACAGGAAUCCAAAACGUUUAUGAAUAAGGCAUCAUCAAAUCUUAGAGCAGUAAAAGUCUCUGUGAAUGAGAUUAAAUUGGAAGUGAAAAAAAUGAGCUCGAUGGUGACUGAAGUUAACGCAAUUCUAUACAAACUAAAGCCAUUUACUAAAACCUUAUUGCCCUUAAGUGCAAUGUUACAAAAGCUACCUGACUGUACGCAAAUAAAAAAAAUAGUUCUGGAUAAUGGGCCUUGCGUUCGCAAGGCACAAGCGGUUGGCAGAUCCUUUAUCGAUCAGUACAAAGACUUAAAAGCCGAAAUAGAGGUCCUGAAGAACAUGGUGCCACAAACGUGGAGGAACUUCAAAAUCCAAAAAUGUUUAAAAAGUGGUAGUUGCGUUUCCAAAGUGUUCAUUGAGCAAGGAAAGGUGGUAAAGAACAAAGCAAAUUCCAUUAAAGUUAAACUUGGCGAAGUUAGUGGCUACUCUACCUUGCUUAAAAUGUGCAAAAAAAACAUAGACAACAUGAUGGUGCUUUUUGACGUCGUAAACCUAAUUGUUGAAGAGGUCCAAAACAUGUCUAAUAGAGAUGACUUCAAAAGAGUAAUAAUCAUGCUGCAAAAGAUUACUGGUCGAAAGCCAGAAAAAAGUGAAAAACAACGUCUGAAAAGAGACCUGAAGAAUGAGAAAGUUGCGAAUGAGCUAAUCACUGACUAUAUGCAAAAAGCCAAUACGACCAAUAUUAAAUUACAAGCUUUUCAAGGAAGUACUUUCCACAUGUUACGUAGCGUGCACGACGACGCCAUACAAAGACACGUUCAAACACUCGUAACUGCACGCUCCAGGCUCCAGCUUUCUCAUCAACUGUGGAAGAAAAGUCGAAAUGUGGACAAGACUCUGACCGCCUUAGACAUCGCUUAUAAAAACGCACUUAGAUUUGCAAAAACCUUCAAUGAAGUGGCCACUUAUGUGUCAGCGCCAACUAUUAGCUUGUUGACUAAUACAUGGGAGAUGUCAGUAGUUGUCAAACCCUUUAUUGAAAGGUAUACCUUGGAGGCCAGUGAAGCUGUUGCUAAAGUGAACGGGCUUGCAGACAAAGUCAGCAAUUUUUUAAACAAGAUUCAAUCUAGACAGAGGGGUUUAGAUCCCAGCGAGUACAAGCCAUGGCAAAACAUACCUUACUGUUCUGAAGACGUCUGCCUACGUUCCAUAAGACGAUCAUCAACAGUCUAUUUGUCGACUAUCUUUCCUUGGAAAUUUCCCCAUCUUGAUGAUCUUUCCUCCAUGCAAAAAGCCGGUCGCUGGUUAACUCCAGGGUUGUUUGAUGAUUAUAAAAUUCAAGGAAUUUCUCAGCUUUCCAAUACCCAAAUGAUUCUUGGGAUGUAUGGUGUUGCAAGUAAUGAAAAAAAGGCAUCUCUUCUUGUUGUCACAAACUUCGACCGGGGUGUGGAGAAAAUCGUUCAACUCUCUAAAGAAGGCCACCCUUUGUCCUUAAAAAUUGGUGGUGUUGCCUUAGCUGGCGAAUACAUUUGGGUGAGCGAUUGCGAAAGAAAUAAAAUCAUUUCCAUCAAAAAAUCUGUUCUUCAAUUUGAAAUUACUUUGGAUAAACCUUCGCGGAUUGAUAUCACAAAGACAGUAUCUGUUGAAGGAACGGCGACAUCUGUUUCUUAUGACAAAGUAAGCAAUAUGUUGUGGCUUACAUGCGACGAAACUGGGAAAGCAUAUGGUUAUGAACUUUCUCCAAUUGGUGACUUGCCCACUACUGGCUUAACUCCAGCUAGAAUAAUUCACAUAGGAAAGAACGUUAAAGGGAUGACCAUUUUGAGACAGUUUGGUGGCGAAUACGCAUGCCUCUCUAAAUGCGCAUUGAUUGCUGGAUUUCAGUGCAAACUCGAGUUUCACGAUCUUAGCAGGGGCGAAACAACGGAUGAAAACACUCUUGUGAGAGUGGUUAGAACUCCCUCCGGUUUAGAAUCUGUCACAACAAUUGAUAACGAAGUGGUUGCUGUUGCGUUUUCUAGCGGCACUCUAGCUGAGAAAGAUAACAUAGAACUCAUUGGUGGAGACUAUGAGGAUAGGUACUUUAAAUUGAGACUACCAAUUUUAAAAACUAGUUUUUUUAUAAAAGAAAAUUGCCUUCACCUAAGGCUACUCAAUAACGAUAUUUUACCUCUACGAAAAAUUUUUCCUGUUGGAGAGGUUGAAUGUGGAUCAAAACGCAAGCGAAGUAUCUUUCAACAGCUUAUGGAAACAGAUGUCUACCACGAAAGCCUAGAAGACAUUCAUCAUGGGACAAAAAGGGUACGAAGAUACCUUGCAGAUACAGGCCCCUGUAUGAGCCUACAGAAAAUGAGUUUACUAAGCAAUUCUGUCACCUUUUUUCAUCAGGAAAUAACCGUCCCUGUGAUGGGAACACCUGUAAAAUUUUUUAUAGGAGCAGGUGGUCAUUAUAGUAUUGAAUUACAGACAGCAAUGUGUGUGAAAAGCAAAUUAUUUAAACUGGGCCUUAUACCAGGGGCGUGGGUUAAGGCUUAUGGUGGUGCAAGCGUAUCUAUUGUAGUAAUUGCUGUUGGGGUUACCGUUGAAGCUAGACUACUCGAGACCUCUCUAAUACCGACAGUAAGUGUAGACAUCAGCAGGCUGCCACCACAGGCGUGUAUCGAACUCAAACUGGUUAUGACACCUCUAAGGAUAAGAGUGUUCCUUUGGGUAAGCUUUCGCUCUCUCAAUGUGGAUGCUUGGAUUUUUGGCCUCAGAAUUUCCAUUUCUUGGGGGCGACAAAGAACAGUUCUAGAAUGGACGUGGUCAAAACCGCAAAUAGAGAGAACUAUUUUCAAUAACUGCGACAGAAAUGUAAAAUUCACGCCCCCUAAAGCUGGACACUGUCUUGCACAACAAGUAUCAGAUAAGACUUACUUUAUUCAGUGGCACGGAUUUCACGACGACACAAGGAUUAAAUCCUACAAUGUAAAAAUAGGAUCUAUAAAAGGCUUUGGUGAUUACUUCUCUAAAUGGACUGAUACAUCACUGACCUUGGUAGUCAAGGAACUGUCAAUCAUGCACGACAGAAACGUAUUUGUAAGUGUCAUGGCAAAGAAUGAAGAAGGGCUGGACAGCUCUCUAGCUUAUUGCCCAUUAUUCCAAGCAUGGCAGAAGAGUCCACAAAUUCAAUUUGUUUAUGACGGUGCUUUACGAGAAAAAGAUGUUGACUAUCAAUCUGAUACGUAUUCUUUAGCAGUAAAUUAUGCUUUUAAAAGUGAUUCAAUUAAGAUAGUAAAUCUGAAAUGGGGAGUUUCUUCGCAGUCGACGUGCACGUUUGACGAAUCAGAGACAGAAGUUGUACCACUGUCAUCCCUUGGAGAUUACAGUUCUAUUCAAGUAUCCGGCUUAAGUCUUGAACAUGGAAAAAAAUACUUUACCCGUCUGUAUGCAAUGAAUCAAGUUGGACUUAAGACAGUUAUGUGCAGUGAUGGUGUCUUAAUAGACAUAACUCCACCAAUACCAGUAUCAUUUCAAGACGGUACGGGGGAUGUCGAUGCUCAGUUUAUUCCAUCAUUAACACGUGCUCGUGGAAAAUUUCGACCGUUCAAUGACCCAGAGAGCCCAAUUAUAAAGUAUGAAUGGAAGAUUGAAGCGAAUAUUUCAGGACGUUUUAUAAAUGUCACUCCAUUCGUCAGAAUACCUGUGACCCAACAGGAACCGCUAAUGGAAGGCCUCUCUCUUACUCCUGGCUCUUUAUACAGGCUUGUACUACGCGGAACUAAUGCAGCGGGUCUUCAAUCGAUAAUUAAAACGAACGGAUUCAAACCAGACGUUACACCACCUUUUUGCGAGGGAAAUGUGGUCGACGUGACGAGCGAGACCGACAUGGAUGACGUAGAUGUUGUGGGAGAUUUACAAAUCAUUCAAGCAAAGUGGAAGUGUUUUGAUCGUGAAAGCGGCAUCAAAUACCAAAGUUUAGGUAUAGGAACAUACCCGGGAGGUGUUAACAUAAAAGCAUUCGAAGAUGGAAAGUUCUUUUCUCUAACCAUAGUGGAAAGUGAAAUGUUCUACGUAAAGUUUUACAACGUGACAAUUCUACCAAAAGUUAGAUAUCACGUCACAGUGAAAAUUAUCAACGGGGCGGGCCUGAAGAAAACGAUCACAUCAGACGGCAUUUUGGUUGAUAUAACCCCCCCUACUGUUGCGUCUUAUUAUAUCAAAGAUGGCGAAAGUGGAAAGGACAGAAACUUUACCACUGAACGUUUCACGUUUACGGCACAUUGGGAACAAGCCUUCGCCGAUGCUGAAAGCGGAGUGGUUGAAUAUCGUGCUGGACUGGGAACAAAACCUGGAGUAGCUGAUGUUAGAUCAUUUCCUGUUUUAGGAUCGCAAACCAAUGUGACAGUAUCAGGACUUCUCCUAGAAAGCGGCCAGGUGUAUUACAUGACAGUUGUGGGUUGUAAUGGAGUGGGUAUGUGCGUCAACGCCAGCAGCAACGGUAUGACCGUUGAUUUCGUUCCUCCCAAUGCUGGAAAGGUAGUCACGGGACUAAAAGGGCCUCCAGUGUUAUAUCAGUGGAUAUCAAAGUCCGUUUGGGCGCGGUGGAAAUGGUGUUCUGCUGACGAGAGGAGAAAUAACGUCCUCUUGAAUUCCAGCGAGUGUAGCAAAGACAGCUUCUAUGACAUACACAGUGGAAUUAGCAUGUUCAGUAUGUCGGUAAUGUCUCAAGAAAAUAAAACGCUUCUUAGCCCUUUAAGACCAGUGGGGACUCAAAGUUAUAGUGGCCGUAGUAUUGAUAUGGAAGAUGGAGUGUACUCAGUAGCUAUCGAAGCCACAGACAAAGCAGGUGUCAAUUCCCGAGGUUUUUCAAACCCAUUCAUUGUUGACAGCAGUCCCCCGUUAAUAAUACUUGUACAACAUGGGUAUUUUGGUGAAACGAUGGAGUUUGUGAACACUACCGUUAUCACGUUUCGCUCCUAUUUUAUAGUCAAAGACGAGAUUUCUUUAAUAACCACUUGUAAAAUUGGGGUCGGAACCUUUUCUGGUGCAGACGACGUAGUGAAGUUUGAAAAGCUUUCUCUACGUGAACACACCUCAACGUUGCGAGCUAACUGGACUUCCCCUGAGCCAACAACUCUGGAAAACCACAGACGUUAUUUUAUCACCGUACUGGCAAGAAAUAGGGCCGGACUUUUAUCAAUAAAAUCAUCUUUUCCCAUGUUAUCUGACUUUGAAGCCCCUAAAUAUGGAUUAGUAAUGGAUGGAUGGGGCUCCAGCGAUAUUGAGUAUCAAAGCUUCUCAUCUCUUUACCGAGCACACUGGUAUGGGUUUACGGAUUUCUCGGGAAUUGAAACCACAUAUUUGGGUUUGUCCAGUAAAGCAGGUGGUAGCUGUGAUGUAAAACAGGAAGAACUGGUGCCGAGUAAUUCCGUCGCUCACGUUUUGUUCGGAUUAUCUUUGGCUUCUGGGAAGAAAUACUACGCAUGUCUCAAACUUGUGGACAGAGCUGGAAAUGUUGCGUAUUUUCAUUCCAAUGGUGUAAUGGUCGAUUCCUCUCCUCCUCUGACAGGGUUUGUUAAUGAUGGGUCUUUGGACCGAGAUGUCGACGCACAGACUGAUAGUUCAGUUCUUAGAGCUUCUUGGGCCAACUUUUCAGAAAACGAAACAAGGAUCGCGUCAUAUCAUCUGGCGUUUGGAUCAGCUCCAGGAGCCCAAGACAUCCAAGAUUUUACAAACGUAGGACUGGUUAACACAUCACCAAGUUCACGACUUAAGGUUCGAGAACUAAUAAAUGGCGAACGCUAUUACGCGACGGUGAUAGCUUAUAAUAUACUCGGAAUACCCAGCUCCAUGGUCUCUUCAAAUGGGGUGUUAGUGGAUUUCACACCUCCGAUUUUCUCUCAGCCAACUCGCGAUGGUGAGGAUCCCAUCAGCGAUCGUAAUUACACAUCUCAGAGCUACCUGAAGGCAUCAUGGACCUGCCUAGAUCCAGAAACUAAUGUUUCAUCGAUUGAAAUUGCUUUUGGUCUGCAGCCUGGGCAAACAGACGCUGUUAAUUUUACAAGCCUGUCGGUGUCACAAACUUCGUUCCUAAUCGGUCACAAACUAAAGCUGGGUUAUCGGUAUUUUGCCACUGUUCGAUGUACGAACAAACUUGGCCUCGCAGUUGUUUCUUUCUCGGAUGGCAUUGUAUAUGAUGAUACCCCUCCCACUUUAGUGCACCUGAAAGAUGGUGAUUAUCAGAGCUCAAACAGGACAUUACUUAUAACGCUGAAGUUUGUUGAUGCAGAAAGUGGUGUCCAUGCAUAUAAAGCGCAAGUGUGGACACAUUCUGCUGGCUCUUCCCUGGAUUCAUAUGGCUCAUUUACAAUUCCUGUUAACGUUACUAGCGCAAAGUUACAGCUUUAUAAAGAACUUAAUUCUGGGACAACAUAUUACGUUAACGUGACAGCUGUGAACGGCGUUGGCUUGGAAGCAACAGAGCAGUCAGACGGGUUCAUCGUUGAUAUGACACCUCCGGCAUGCUCCAAGGUUUGGGAUGGAUAUGCUGAUUCUGAGGAUGAACAGGAAUUUGCUACCAGUUCAAGUCAAUUGAAAAUAUCCUGGGUGUGUUACGACAACGAAUCGUCUAUAACACAAUAUCGAUUUGCGGUUAAAGAUGUGUAUAAAUCAGAAUAUCUGUUUCCAUUUCACGCUUUGAAAACACGCGUUAACUCUUCCGGGUCGGCAGUUAUCACGGGUGAAGGCCGAACUACCAGAAAAAUUUUGGAAGGUCACAUUUACAGUAGUGGAAUUGAGAUCGAAAAUUCAGUUGGUAUGAAAACAGUUUACUGGACAAAUGGCGUCACGAUUGACAACACAUCUCCUUUACUUUUUGGUCUUCAUCUCACGUUUUUUCCUCAGAGGGAAUUACUUACAGCAGAUUGGUCAGUUAGAGACGAAGAAAGCGGCCUGAUAUCUCUAUCGUGGGGACUUGGGACAACUCCAGAAGCAAAUGACAUCAGGAACUACACAGUAAUCUCACCCAUAAACACAAAGGUAUCCGUGUUAACAUUCUCUUUUCCACAAGGGAUAACUUGCUUUUUGAAUUUAUUGGCGAUUAAUAACGCUGGGUUAUCAAGCAGAAGCUCGUCGAACGCUGUAAUCAUAGACCGCUCCGCCCCCGAUCCUGGAUUUGUAGCUGCAAAUUACGCUUUUCCGCCUAACUAUGAUCGAAGAAAGAACAAAGUACCAAAUUCUACUCUUGCAGUUAGUUGGACAGGCUUUGCCGAUCUUGAAAGUGGAAUAAAAAUGACCAGUUGGGCUGUCGGGACUAAUCUUUUAAAACUGAAACGAGCGGACUCGGAUCGUUAUACCAAAGUGGUUCCCAAAGAGUCUAUUGGGGGACUCAUCAUUCGAAAUCAAACACUGUGGGGAAAUAGCACAUAUUUUGUCUGUGUACGAUUGACAAAUGGAGUUGGACUUCAUAAAACAGAUUGCUCGACAGGAAUGCUGAUCAUAUUUGGUCAACUUUCGGCUGGUGUCGUGAGUGACGGUCCAAUAACCUCAGCUGAUGACAUCGACUUCCAGCUGGACGACAAAGCAAUUUGGGCACAUUGGGAUGGUUUCGAGGACCCGGUGUAUGAUAUCCAAGGUUAUAAUUGGUGUAUCAGAGAGCACCCAGCAAGUUUUUCUGGGUCAGAUAUAUGUAAGUGGACUUUCACAGAAGUCGCCCAUUUGAAGACAAGUGCUAGCCGCUUUCACAACCUGACACUCUUGCAUGGAAACAAAUAUUUCGUGACAGUGAAGGCUGAAAACACCAGAGGCAAUACCAUGAUGUCGUCUUCAGAUGGUGUAGUUAUAGACCGGACACCUCCAAUCGGAAAAGCAAUAAAGAUCUCACCAUCAUCAGGCAAGGAUACCUUGUUUAUAACCUCACAAUCUGCCCCUAUAGUUACCUGGUCGAUUGAUGACCCAGAAAGCGGUAUCAGCCACUUUACUAUCGCCAUUGGUAGCUUACCUUUUCAGGAUGACCUCUUAUCUAUUCAGCAUGUUGACAGACUGCGUCACUCUAUAGAUUUAAACCUCGCAAACUUUACCGUUUAUGAAGGCCUAUCAUUUUUUGUAACUGUUACUGGUGUUAACAUGCUUGGAUUGGAGACGUCUCUAGUCUCACAGGAGGUCGUGGUGGACUGGACAUCCCCUAGUGUUGGUUCAAUCAUGGAAGGUAAACUGACUGAUCAACUGUCGCAAGCAAUAAUCCACAGUGAUGACCAAAGAGAGGAAGCGACACUGUUUUGUCACUGGAGUAGAUUUCAAGAUUCUGAAAGUGACGUUACGGAGUACCGCUGGUGCUUGGGAACAUCGCAAGGUAGGAACUUUUUAUAGUUUUUUUAUUUAUGGUGGAAAACUGCAUUUAACAGAACCUCAUAUAAAACGAAAGACCGUAAUUCUAAACUUUCUUUCCAUAUUUCUUUAAACAAACCUGAAUCAAGCGGACACUGACGAGCGUCCGGCGAACUUCAGUCUUAAGUAUAAUAAACUUAACAUUAAUUGGUUUGUAAAUCCAAUUCUUUCUUUCAACGAUAUCGAUAGCACAUGUUACACUUGACAGCCGCAAAAUGACAGGAUAAACUUUCAAGUUUUUGAAGAAAGGAAACUGAAUAUCAAGAAAAAGGUCACUGGUCAUUUAGGAGAGUAAAAUGCAGGAAGUAGGCACACUUAAGGCAAUCUUUAGCGCGCUCUAUAUAUCUGUCUUGGCGCGAAAUUGUGACAUAAAUCACUUUCGCAAAAAAUGGGCUUACAAACAGUUAUACAGACAGUCAGUGUUACACCAAACACGUCCACCAUUGCAACAAGAAAAAUCAUCAUCAACUAGCCCUUAUGCCUUUAAGCGUCGAACAGGAAACCUUCCCUCCUAAAUUCGAGCUAUGUGGCUGCUGUCACGCUGAUAUCUUAGGGAUGAAGCUGUUCAUUAACAGACUAUUUGUGGGUCGACUUCGUUUUUUUUUACGAGGGGAGAAAUAAACUUUACCGAUCCAAAACACAUAAUGUAAGGGUGUACGCCUUAAAACUAAGCUUUGUACACAUCAGCAACAGAAGACUUAAUGGUUCCUGUAUAUUUUUCCAGGCUCUUGUGACGUGACAAGCAUGGUUUCAGGCGGAAUUGACACCUACGUGAAACACACAAUCAUUCCUCAAGAGAAUUUCCAGUUUUUCUUUACUCUCGAGGCAAUCAAUGGAGCUGGUCUUCAAAGAAAAACCACCUCUGAUGGCAUAAUAGUUGACAGCUCUCCACCCGUGAUAGCGGGGAUCUAUCAUGGCGGCGAAAGGGAAGAACAGAAUCUGAAUCAAGCAAUUUUGCAAAACGACGGUGAGCAAUUAUCAUUUUAUUGGGAUGAACCCUAUGACGUGGAAAGUGGAAUUUCAUAUGUAAAGUGGUGUGCAGGUACAGCUAAUCAUUUAUGUGAUGUAGUUCCUUUGACGCUCAUAGAAGAUCCAAAAGUUACUUCACGAAACCACUACCUAUCUAAAUCACUGACUUCUGGUACAGUUGUUUUCAUGAUGCUAGCAGUCACAAAUGGAGUAGGUUUGAAAACGGAAGUAACAUCCCCACCUCUGCUAAUUGAUACCACACCACCAUCGCCAGGGAACGUUACAGUAGGAAAUACUUUCGAAACCAAGUACUUUAAGAACGGUGAUCUAAUUACAGCCAAAUGGACUGGAUUCGUUGAUAAUGAGAGUCAUUUGAACUACUUCGAGUGGGCCAUAUGCCAGGCAAGUAACAAAGACGAAUGCAUUAGUCCGUUUGUGAAUGUAGGGACCAGAACUAUCCUGGAGAUCGAUGCUCUCGGUCUUACUUACGGAGUGUCUUACGUUGUAAUUGUGCGAGCCUUCAACAAGGCUGGACUGUUUAGAGAAGCUGGCUCGAAUCAAUUUAUAGUAAGUGGGAAGGAACCAUCCCCUGGAACAGUGUAUGACGGGACGCAGAGAAGGAAGGAUAUUGAAUUUCAAAGCUCUACCAGUCACAUUUCAGCCAACUGGUCUCCAUUUAUUGACAGUGAAGGUAACAUUGUUGAGUAUGAAAUGUGUGUGGGAGGGAAACUAGGAGUCUGCGAUGUGGGUGACUUUGUUAGGGUCGGUAUUAAACUCAAAGGAAUAAUAAGCGGUCUAAGUUUGCAGCAAAUCAAAAAAUACUUUGUGACCGUGCGAGCAACGAGUGAGUCAGGCUAUACAACAACUGCAACAUCCAAUGGAGUUACAGUCGAUAAUACGCCUGCUGCCAAAGGUAACGUAAGAGACGGUAACACACUUACAGAUAUCGAUUACCAGGCAGAUAACAAAUACAUCUAUGCUAACUGGGAUGAUUUCAGGGACGAUGAAUCAGACGUUGUAAGUUACACAUGGUGUGCAGGAACAAGAAAAGGUAUCUGUGACCUUGUCACGGAAACCGACGAAGGAGAUCGCACUAGUGUUAGUCAGCAGGUUCACCCGCCACUUCCCGAAGGAAUAGAGAUAUUCGUGACUGUAAACGCCUUAAACAACGCAGAGAUAUCCAGUAUUUCAUUUUCGGACGGAUUUCAAGUCGACAGCAGUCCGCCAGUUUUCUCAAAGGUAACUUGUUUAACUCCUUUACAGUUUUCCUCCAUGGGUCAACUUUUAUUUUAUUGUUUUGAUUCCUAUUUUGCACGAAAUUUACAUUCAAAAUCUCUCCCGUAAGAGUUUUAGAAAAUGUAUGAUUCAAUUUUAUUCAUAUCUUGUUAAGCUUCCCUAGAGUUUUAAAAAGCAGUUAUAGUGGUUAUAGCCGUCGUUCUUCAUUUGCGCUUUUGUUCUUUUUGCUUCUCUUUCUGCUUCUGUUCUUGUUUCUUUUUCUUUGUAUUCUCUGUUAUCUACAGAUUGGUUCAGUUUAUACUAUACAGUUUGUAGUAUUUUUAUCAUUUUUUUUUUUUAUAGGUGGAGGACUUGCAGCUCAGAACAGGUAACAAUGACAUCGACUUCCUCUCUGCCAAAGAAGACUACUGCGUUAAGUGGAGUGUCGCAGACGCUGAGAGUGGUAUACUCACAACUGAAGUGUCGGUGUGUUCUAAAAUGAACCCUGAGGACUGUUUGCUCAAGGGCCUUGACGUUGGCAAUAAAACAUCCAUUUGUUUAUCUGACCUUGAAUUCAGUGAAGGCUACGAGUAUGUUUCCAAUAUUCGCACUGAGAAUAAGGCUGGGCUAUUCACAGAACUAUUCUCAGACGGGUUCGCAGUGGACACCACUCCUCCAUUCAUAGGCGAGGUUGUAUAUACUCACAACUCAUGGGCAUCUUUAAAGGGGACUGAAGUUUAUGCACAUUCUCAAAUUGCUGUCCAGUGGGAUGGUUUCGUGGACCUGGAAAGUGGCAUUCAAGCGAGUUACGUCUGUCUUGGAACUAACCCAGGGGAAUGCAACAUCAAGAACUUUACAGACGUGAAGAACGAUACUUCUUUUACUUUUGAAGACUUGCUGCUAAAUCAAGGAGAAACUUACUUUGUUUCUGUCAAGGUAGAGAACGAAGCUGGCCUGACCAGUGACGUUAAGACAUCUGACGCGAUUGUUAUUGACAAGACAGGUAGAGUAAACAACAGAUUCUGGCAUUAAGAACAGGUUAUCUUUAUCCCAUAAACAUCUGUAAUUUUUUUUUUAAAAAAAAGACAAAAUUUGCAUAGUUUAUUUUCAUUUGAAGGUAAAAGCCGAUUACAUUAGCUAAAAGCUACUUCGAGAUAGUAUCUUUGUGAAUGCUUUUUACCUUAGAGACAAAUCAGUUACGGUGUGUAAUCUCUAAACUAAAACACUGACACAUAGAAUUCACAUUUUUCUUACCCUGUUUCUCAUUUUAUCUUAAAGGACCUUUUAAUGAAGGUGUCGUACGAGAUGGAAAUAUAAAAAGUCAAGACAUCGACGUUCAACAAAGCAGAACAAAACUAGCAGCACACUGGUAUGCAUUUGAAGAUCUAGAAAGUGACGUUAUUGCUGUCACAUGGUGCGCAGGACUGUCAGCAGGUGCUUGUGACGUCAUCAAAGAAACGCAAAUGGACCCUGGUAGUAAUUCUGUUGACAAAGUCCUAACAAAGCCGAUCAUGACUGGUGAGAAGUAUUAUUUGACAGUCACAGCAACGAACGGCGCUGGCGUGACUACUUCAACUACAUCAGAUGGCGUGAUAGUUGACGAUACACCACCCUCAGCUGGUAGUGUAAUCGAUGGAGUUGACUCAGAUGAGGAUUAUGUAAAUGGUGAAGACGACAUCACAGCACAUUGGGUUGGCUUUGAGGACUUGGAAUCUGGCAUCGACUCUUAUGAAGUCGCUUUAUGUGAUUCUAGGAACUUGUCGUUCAGCAGUCAGCCAUUCACCGGGGUUGGAAAGGCAACCAACGUUACCUUCACAGGUAGGGAACUCAUAUUUGGAAAACAUAUGCAGUAGUGGGACUAUCUAACUGUUCUAGCAGCUGUGUUUGGAGUUCCCGAGAACAAUUACUAACUACAAGACUUACCUGCAAAAAGUAUGCAAAAUAUGGUUAUAAAUAUUUUUUUGUGGGUGGCCUCCUGUAGUUUUUUAGCAGAGAACAACUUACGUCAUCCAUCUAGCCAGGGGACUUAAUAUUGUAAACUGCGAUAGAGCCGAGGCAAAGGAGGGUGGUUUAAGUUACAAAAUCUAAAACGAAAAAGUACGAAACGAGUGCUACAAUGAGUAAGAUUAGUACAAGUUGUUCAUAUAUUCAAAUCUGUAAUGUGGACAAAACACUUUUCACUUCUUAUUUUGACAGGUUUAGAUCUCCAAGGGGGCGCACAAUACAGGUUUAUCGUUACAGCCCUAAAUCGCGCUGGACUCAAAGUUGACGCUUUCUCCAACGGGUUUACGGUUGAUUUCACUCCUCCUACGAUAAGCAAAGCAUGGGUUGGAAAUGACACCAGUAAUCUGCUGUACCAUUCAGAUUCCAGUCGGAUAACCGUAAGGUACCGAAACGUCAUUAUAACCUCCGCUGAAAGAACUGUUUAUUUAUAGUUAUAUACAAAGUGUAGGAAAGCUUGAUGGGCAAAACUGUCAGUCUGGUUAUCUAUGGCAAUUGCUUAGCGGGGUAACAAUUCAGACUGGAUUAAAACCAUAAAAUGUUUGUUUAAGUGAAAUCCCGAUCUCAAACAAACUGCUUUAUUACAUGAAACGUUUUAAGUUUAUUUAAUUUUCAUUUAUGUUGUGCCAGCGCGGGUCCGAAGUCAAAAACACACCACAAGGAAAAUUUGGCUUGAAAAGAUUGUAGUUUUUAUUACAUUUCCGCACGCUUAACUGAUCUCUCAAGCUCUAAAGGAAUCUCAGUGAAUCUGACAAAGUGGAUAACAAAUUAACGGCAAAGAAGCUGUGAAAGGUUUGAACCCAGGAGUCAUUUCAUAAGUAGGUUGAGUAUGAUCGUCUGAGUGACCGUAGUCCUGAAUAGGACUUUUGUUGAUAUCAGUGACUGACGUGUCGACCACCUGUGCGGUAGUCAUCGUUAGAGUCAAUGUGAAAUGUAUCACGUUAUUUGAUGGUAUUAAACUUUGUUUAUUGACCUGAUUGGUCAAUUAAUUCGCGAUGUUAUUAGUCGUUCUCUCGUGGCUGGUUUUGCUUGAUUCCGUCAACCAGUCGUUUGUACGGUGCUGGUAACUGUUGUCUACGAUUCAACGGCGAUUGUUCUAAGUUAGAAAACCAGCUUUCUGAAGUGAGUCGUUGAUAGUAGUCUGUACAAUACGUAACACAUGUCGCAGAGUCCCAAUCGAUUUGAUGUUUCGCCUGUAAAUGGUGCUCAGCAAUGUGAUUGUUGACGUCACCAUUACUCGUCGCUCGUUUAUGUUCGGUCAGUCGCGUGCCAAGGUUUCUGCCUACAAAUGUAAGUAGCCUUGCAGUCGCAGCAUUUGAUCUUGUAUACUGCUCCCUGUCUGUCCUCCGGUUUGUCUUUGUCCCUGACAUUAGUUAAAAGGCGUCGUAAAGUGGCUAUCGGUUAGUGUACAACACGUAUAUUUUAAGGUUGUAGUAUACGUGGCGAUGGUUUCAGAAGUGCCUCUGAGGUACGGUAUAGUCGCGAUCAUAGCCAACCUACUUAUGACAUUUACGAACGUUGGUAUACAGACAAACUCGAAAAAAAAGCGUGAAGAAUAGUACAAACUUACGCCUUUCCGGUAGCUUAAGUCGGAGCGCAGUCGCCAAAAUCUAUGACGUAUACAUAAGGUGAUAGCGCGAAACAUCGGUCACUUAUUUAUUUAUUCAUUUAUUUCAGCUGGAUCACCUUCAUUGACCUCGAAAGUGGAGUGAAAAAAUAUGAAGUGUGCCUGAGUUCUUUUGUUCAGAAUUGUUCAGUCACGUCCUUCAUUGAUGUUGGACUAAACACAAGUUAUACAAUUGAUGGAUUACAGCUUUUGCAUGGAAAAACCUACCACGCGAUUGUGAGAGGUAUUAACAGAAUUGGCAUGUAUUCUGAAACGAAAACUGACGGGGUUUUGAUAGAUUUGACACCGCCAACGCUUAAAGAUAAGAACCAAGAGAUCUCCCCGGUCUGGUUCAGGUGCACCGAAGAGCACUUAAUGUCCGGCUGGAAUGAAUUGGAGGACCUUGAGAGCGGAGUAGCGGAGUAUAAAUGGUGUGUUGGAACGGCAAAGACGUCAUGUGACGUGGUGCCUUUAAAAUCGGUUGGAAAGGAAACCAGAGGCGCCGCUAUUGUAAAUAGACUUCGUUCGGGGUUGACGAUUUUUUCCAUUGUGUAUGGUGUAAAUGGGGCAAAGCUUAAAAAGCAAAUAAUAUCAGAACCUUGCACGGUAAUAACAGUAGCACCAGAACUAGUGGACGUUAUUGACACUUCAAAGUUAGAGACAAGCAAUUUCACAGAUAUUGACUGGCAGGAUACCAUCCAAGGCCUGUCACUUAGCUGGCAUAUCGUCGGGAAAUACCUUCGCGAAGUUUCUCGCUUGCGCAUUCAAGUGGCUGUGACAACUUCAUCCUCUAACAUUUCUGUGCCACGACUAAUUGACACAAAAUCCUGGAAUGGUGAGCUUCUUAAACAGCCAUACAUGGAAGUACUACCUUGGUAUCAAAAUGUUACGAUACAAAGUAUUCCUUUUCAGCCUUGGAACCGCUACCGUGGUAUAGUCAAGGUUUGGAACGAGGGUGGUAUAUACUCUGAAGCUUCAACCGAUGGAGUAAGAAUCGAGCCAAGUCCUCCACCUAAACGCAGUCUUAAAAUCCUUGACAAAGCUGCCAAAGUUGAGCAUUUACACUGGUGGCCAAAUCUGAGACUUUCCCCUCUUAACCAGAGCGCAGCAUCUUUGGAUAUCACAUACAUAUCAUCUCCAGCGGACUUGGACCUUAUCGUUAGGAGUGGUGUGUCAAACAGGACGUCCAACAAAACUGAUAAUCUUUUUAGCCCAACGGCAGAAUAUAAAAUCGUUGUCAAGAGAGCUUCAAGUAGCGAAAAUAUUACAAACACGACCAUCCAGUCCAGAACGAUGAAAGUUAUCCCUGGAUUCUCUAAUGCAGAAGGCCCGUGCUGCGCCAGAAGGUCUGUAAAGACACCCACCGUCUUCAGUGACACGCACUUGAAGCCAGCAUUACCAAGCGAAGACUUUGGAGUCUCCAUCGCUAAUUUACCAAAUGACAUGAUAGCCAUUGGAAGCAAAAAGAAGGUAGUCAUACAGUCACUUGGAACCAAAACUGCUUCUCAUUCUAUUCCACUGAAGAGCGGAUCAGAUCCUAAUGCAAGAGUUAAGAUAGCCUCAUAUGGAAACAGAAUUAUUUUUCUUCUAAACGGCAAAGUCUACCUAUACGAACAUGCAAGUGACAAUAUUGGAUUGAGAAAGGCAAUCGAGAUAGGAAGAUGUAAAAACUUAACAACGCCAGUGUGUUCAGGAAAUAAAUCAUGGACAAAUGCGGUAGGUGAGGUGUUUGCUGGCAACAAGGACAUUAUUGCAGUAGCCGGAACGAUGCCAAACUCAAAUAACAGCAUUGUGGCGGUCUUCCGGGCGAACAAUGGACCAUGGAGGUUUGUCCAAGUACUUGGUGAAGAAAUGAAAGAUCCGCACUUUGGAAGAUCAAUAGCUCUAAAUGAACGGUUAAUAGCAAUAACUACAAGAGAUGGAAAGAAUAGCUGCGUUGCAAUUUACUCCACUAAUACACUGCUUCUCCGCCAAAUCAUCUGUUUAGCUCCAUCGUUAAGCCACACGGGACCACUAGCGAUGUACGUCACCAAGACUGAUUCCCUUGUUGUCCUUUCAAGGUCAUCAAGGUUGCUGCAAGUAUAUCAGUUGCAUUCUACUUCCAACACCCACCAGGUGGUCUGUGAGUACCGUGCGUGGGGUUAUAAGGAGGACUUGAGUGGGCAUCUGGACGUAAACGCCAGAACGGAAGGCUUUAUUGUCGCUCUAGGUAUCCAAACUGGCGGUGGUGGAAAAGGAGUACAGCUUCUUGGUUUUCAAGGAAUAUACUCAAAAGAUUCCCACGAAAAAGUACCUGAAGAAUGCAUUAACCUAGGGACGGUUCUUGCCCGAGACAGCGGAUUGAGAGUCGAUGGACUAAGAACUCCAACAACAGUUGCAUUCAAAGGAAAUGCCAUCCUGUUUGGAUUACCUGACGUACUUACGUGGCCAAAGAUUGACAGUGAAAUGACUGGGAUAAGCACGGGAAGAGUAUUUAUGGCAGCAUAUUGUCCCUUAAAUCACUUCCGCAGUAGAGUUUCUGGCCUGCACAGGGUACGUCCUGUAUCAUGCUUACCUUGCAAACAAGGCAGAAAAUCAUUUGGUGGCUUUAGUGAAACUUGCUCAGAGUGUGCCAAAACAACAUGCCCUUCAUCUAAUGACCCUUACGUACUAUUAACAACAGGUAUCUGCGAUAAUGAAUCCUACGUUACUUCAAAAAACGGACGCAACACCACCCAUGGAGUCAAUCUUCACCUAGGAAAUGGAUCCUUCUUUGUUCCUGGACCCAACAAAGUCUACACUAUCGAGUUUCUUGAAACUACGCGAGCCAAUCAGUCCACAAGCUCUAUAUCGGAAUCAUUCGUUAUCGACUCUACGGCUCCUGAAACUGGAGUCGUAUAUGAUGGUCUUGGCAGCGAUCAGAACUUAAACUGUUCCGAGAACACAACAUUUGGGGAAAACAGCCAGUGUUCUACUCGAAAAUUUCAGGAGACAGAUAUUGAUUUCACCAGUAAUAAGCAUGAGAUUCACGCUAGAUGGAUUAACUUCCUGGACAACGAAAGUGGCGUUGUCGAUUAUUUCUGGUGUGUUGGGUCUCAGCCAAUGAGAGAUGACAUUCGAGUGUGCGAAAGCACGGGAAUUAGACCCAACGGAAGUCACUAUGGGUUUAAAUUAGAGCACGGUGAUUCUUAUUACGUCACAGUUGUAGCCUGCAAUGGAGCCCGCAAAUGCUCAGCGGCACAUAGCGACGGCGUUACUAUAGACGUCACACCUCCUGUCAUGAAGUAUGUAAGAGACGGGGUCACGGGACCAGAUAUAGACUACCAGGUAAAACUAUAAUGGCACUCUGAUGCACCUCCCUUUUUUGUCUAAAGCAUGUUCUAAAACAGUUGAACACAGGUCUGAAGGUGAAUUUUUACGUAGUUAGAACUAACAUUGCCGCAUAACUGGAGAAAUAGCAGUUCUGUGAGGAAAACGGUAAGAAAACGUUUGAGCUGUGAAUAAAAGAAGAAUUUGUGAACAUCAAAAGAUUUUAGACUCUGCCCAUAAUAACCGUUAUUUAUACUCAAAAUACUAUUUUUUAUGUCAGGUUUUUGUCGAUAUCAUUUUUGCUUACUUUUUGGCAAAAGACCCAGACAGUGGAGUGACGUCAUACGAGGUUGCCUGGGGCACUGGACCAAAUUUGACAGACAUAUCAGACUAUGAAGAAGUCAUCAAUACUACGGUAUGGCGCGCCAAGCUCGAUGAUGCUGUACUUGAGAUCGGAAAAAAGUACUAUGCCACCGUAAGAGCGACGAAUGGCGCUGGUUUACUCUCAGAAAAGUUAUCUUCCAAUGGAAUAGUAGUCGGAAAAACUGAAUUUACCUUCGAAAAUUCAUCAAAAGGGUCGUUCUUCUUUGAUACCGUAAAUGUCAAAGAUGAUGGCACGCGCAAGGACGAGGGUGUGGGGCAGACAUAUGGGACAAUGACCAUACCCGAGGGUGCUGUUAAGGAGAAAGUGAAGCUACGAUGUUACAGGUUGGACGACGAGGCAGUAAGCAAUAACAACACUGAAGAGGGACCUGUCAGUGAUCCAGCUAAGACGAAACCAAAGGUAUGUGGCAAAAAUUCAAUAGCAGUGGAAUAGUGGCGCUAAGGAAAUGACUCCGGCGCACUUGGUAUAUAAAAUCGCAUCACGCCUAGCUGUGCUAACAAAAGAAAAUAACGGCAUGGUUGCCGGCAACCAAAAUGAUGUGGUGAAACACGUAGUUUAUAAUCGUAAAGCAAUACUUCUGGUCUUUACAUCAGUUUCAAACUAUUGUUCUUCUUUAUAACAGCAAUUCUUGCUUGGAAACUACAGUUUCAUGAUCAAAGCACUGAAUCCACUGAAAAACACCGUUACAAAAGGAUAUCGAUUUGUCAAGCCGAUCAAGAUCAGUAUGUUCUAUGACGUUGCUAACCUGGUAAAAGCUAAUGGAAAGCACGUGAACAACGAUCUUACCAGGGAGGAUGUAGAUCCUAUUUUGUAUCUGUGGGAUCCAGAUAACCAAACCUGGUAACAUUUUACUUUUUUUUCUUUUACUGCUUUAAUUUACGCUCUAAAUUGAUCCUGAAAAUCUCUCCGUACAGUUGAAAUUUCUUUUUUGGGGGCUUGAAAGUACCAAAGCCGCUAAGUCGUCUCUUAUAAUUAUAUCAAAAGUACUUUUUAUUUAUUUAAUGAUUUUGUUAGUUAACUAUAAGAUACAUUUUAAGACAUCCAUGCUACGGACAGAAGGUAGACAGUUACUCAAAAAGCUUAAUCAAUAGCAAGAGUGAAAAUUUUACGUACUUUCGAACUAAGCUUUUAUCACAGUUGCUUGUUACUGUAAACAUGACUUUUCCUCAUAAUGACAAACCUUGCGGUCAGCGUCAUAAGGAUCUUGCAGGGAUAUUACUACAGAAUAGAAUAAACUGAUUUUCUUCGCAGCCGUCACCAAAGUCUCGACCUCGUUUCAUUGUUUGAGCUCACUGGAGGUCUAUAAGCUAUUUUUGUACUACAUAGCGGCUAGUAAGGAGUUGGGAGUGUAGGAGAAAAGGUUGCAGUUCACAGAAACUGCCACCAGUUUGAAAAGCCACGUUCUCACCUGGCCCAAAAUGUUCCCUUUUGCUGACAUCGAAAAAACUUUUUAAAAAUGAAUGUGCAAGGUCGUCUUGGGCAAUCUUUAGUUUUGCUUUGCUACUUGCUUUGUGACUGAUUGAAAAUCCCGCGAUUUUUCUCAACUAAUCAGAAGAAACGUCAAAAUUUACAAACUCGUCCCACGGCCUUUACCCUUCAAAUUUCCAAGGAAAAAGCCCUGGCCCGAGGUUUACAAAACCAUUCACCAUUUCCCACGCUUGGUGCUUGGCGUAGUUCAUAACUGAGAGAUAUAAUGAGUUGCUUACUGGAGAUGUGAUGUUUUUGCCCAGAGCAAACACUUUGAUCAGCUGGUCAUGUGAGGCUCUUGUCCAUCUGAUGCAAAUAAACACGUGACAACAGUCAGCCAGCCAUAAAGGUGCCCUCCUACAUUUCUAAAAUAAUUUAAGUAAUUUAUUUUUAAGGUUCGAUGCGGCCCUAACCUGUCCAGAACCUUGGAGUCACGUGAACCGAUCCAUCAAGCUGUUGGAAGUAAACGUCUGUCACUUAACUCAGUUUGCAUUCUUCUGGGACUUCGCUGCGCGGAACGGCUUGAUCCUGUUUGACAAGAAACAUUUAAGUAGGUAUCUUGGCAAAAAGUCUCCUCACUAGAAGGUCUACUUAUGGGUAAUACUGUUUUUAUGAAAGCUCAUCAACAAGAGUAAUAGGAACUUUGCAAUAAUCAGAGAUCUUAGGGGUACACUCGUCGGCCUCAUCAAACAACUCUAAAUAUGGUGACCGGUUAACUACUUUGACUCAUUUCCCCUUUUUCUAUUGGUUCAGUUCAACCUCCAAAUUUCUCUGUGUGUUUGUGUCUAAUUCAACUCCUUUUUUCGUUAAAAAUUAGCAUCUGUAUUAGUUAAAUCGACAACAUGUUUCAGUACAUAUGAUGUAUUUUAAAGAGUGAUAUAGCCACAAAGUACCACAUAACAUGAUAGCUGAAGACCUAGGUUUAAUUGAUUACGAUAUGUCUGGUCCCAUCACUUUACAAAGAGUAAUAUCAUUCUCGCCAAUCACAAAAAAAAGUACGAUCUCAGGCCUGCUAAUAAGACUAAUACGCGAGGUUAAGUGACAUUUUUGGCCAUUUUCAGUUUUUUCUUUAGAUGGGAACAUCAAAGUCACGCUGACGCAGAAGACUGCUAAGUUAGAACUACCAGUUCGCCGAUCCAAAGGUUCUCAGGGUAACAUCACAGUGCGUUGGUCCCUGUAUCACAAUGAUUCAACAGACAUCAGUGACCUUAUAUGGCCCUCAUCUGGAACACUAUCAAUGACUGAUGGUCAGUGGAGUGGUUCUUUGACUGUGAAUAUUGCCAAUAACAUCAAGAAACUGCCUGGGAACGUGAUAUGGGUUAAACUCGUAGACACAACAGGUGGGGCCUUGUUAGCCUCUACGAAUGAAACAACCACAAAGAUCGUUCUCGUUUCCCCUUUGAGGGAAAAACGCGGCCAAUGGUUUAUUAUUACAUUCUUUGUUUCAGUGGGAUCCGUGGUUACUAUAGUUCUAUUUUGUUACGCAUGGACGAUAAUCUUUCGGAAGACCCGGGGCGCAUCAAAUCUGGCUCAGAGUUUGAGCGGGAGUCAGAGUGCGGUUUGCGAAACAGCGCAAACCCCAGUGAAUCCAUGAACCAAGCAGCUUGAUAAAAAUCUCUCUUUUUUAGCUCUAUAAGGCAAUUUUUAUGCUAGGCUUCUGAUUUAGAAAUCGCUUUAUGUGCAGUCUUCAAUUUUCUGUUACAAACAGCCUUUGAAAUGAUAUAGGCUAAGUUCUUGGCGUAAACAUUUCUUUGGUCCUUCUCCGGCUGUGUCGUCCACAAACACGGUAAGGAUUAGAGAUCAAAUACUGGCAAAAUUUUAGUAGUAACUGUUACGCGGAACUUUUUCAGUUUGGUAAUAAACGUUACAAAUUGUUAUUGUUAAGAGAACAAUCUUAAUUUUGCUGUCACUUUUCGGGUAGCUCUUAAGAGAAUAUCUUUUUUGUUCCAUUUGUUUGUAUAUACGUAAUUUUCAGUAGCAUAGCUAGCAGGGUUUGACACUCGUUGAAGGCGAUCAGGGAAUUUGAAAGCGGUCAAAAAGGAACUACUAAGAUAUUUCAAAGUUCAUUCUAAUUUGAUUUUCUUAUACGGCUAUCGUCAUUAAAAAAAAUCAAGUUGUUAGAAGCUAGCGACCUUAAAAUUGACCUACCUCCAUUAUAAGAAAGUUUUUGAGAAGUAACCUAUGAUGAUGUUGUUGAACUCGCUCUGAGUAAAAUGUUUAUUAAGACAUUUGAGUUAGGUGCUCUCACAAAUAAUGUAUUUCAGAAGCUACAUAGUAAAAUAAGCAUCAGUUACAUGACAACUUAGAAUUUCAUAGUGAUUUACAUGACAACUAUAAAUGAGUUAAGAGUGGAAUUUACGAAAUAUCUAGCUAUGCAGGCAAAAAAACAUCGGUUUUCUAUUUGCAUGAUUUAUUACUACACAGCAUUUUGUCAGAUUUUUUAUACAUAGUUAAAUCAGUCUUUUGUCAUAAUAUUCUUGUUGAUCAAUAAAAUCUUGAAAAAGACUU